AUGGCUAAAGUAGUUACUAGACCGCAGCGAUUUACCCCAGAAGAAUGGCGUUUGGCUAGUAACGUAAAACAUAAAAAUACCGAAAGAGAUCGAUCUGUUACCGAGAAGCUUAUUUUGGAAAGUGACAGAUUGGAUAAUGAAGGUCGUGGAACACUUGAUCGAACGCUUGCUGAUGUCAAUAAAAAAUUAGAUCAACGACUUGAUCAUGUUAAAAAUUGGAAAGGAGAACUUGAAGUUAAACGUACAGAUUUAGUCAAAGAAAUUGAUGCUACAGAAGUCUAUUUAGUUCGUCUACAAAAAGAAUUACAAUCGUUACAAGAUAAUUUACAUAUUGCUCAAACAUCUCUUGCAAAUCGUGAAAAACGUUUUGAUAUUGAUCUUGUUCAUGACGAUGUUCAAAAAGAUUUAAUUAUGGAAGUGACUGCUGUUCAAGGAGCUAUUGCGUUAUUAACAAGAACAAUCGAACAAACAGAAGAACAACUACGUUGUGAGUUUUUCUUUUUUACAGGAAAAUUAUAUAUAAGUGUUGUAGAUGAUUGUGACUUGAAAACAUGGGAAUAG